AUGGGUCGCCGCCCUGCUCGAUGCUAUCGGUAUUGCAAGAACAAGCCUUACCCCAAGUCCCGAUUCUGUCGAGGUGUCCCAGACCCCAAGAUCCGAAUCUACGAUCUUGGAUCGAAGAAGGCUUCUGUCCUCCUCUUCCCACGACACAUCGUCAUGGUCUCCGAUGAGUUGGAACAGCUUUCCUCCGAAGCCCUCGAGGCCGCUCGAAUCUGCGCCAACAAGUACCUCGUCAAGAACAUUGGCAAGGAUUCCUUCCAUCUCCGUAUGCGAUGCCACCCCUUCCACGUCACUCGAAUCAACAAGAUGUUGUCGUGCGCUGGAGCUGAUAGACUCCAGACUGGUAUGCGAGGUGCCUACGGAAAGCCCCAGGGUCUCGUCGCCCGAGUCCGAAUUGGACAGCCUCUGAUGUCCAUCCGAGUCCGAGACCACCACGAGGCCGCCGCCCGCGAAGCUCUCCGACGAGCCAAGUUCAAGUUCCCCGGCCGACAAAAGAUCUACCUCUCCAAGAAGUUCGGUUUCACCAAGUUCGACCGACCCGUCUUCGAGGAGGGCAUCAAAAACGGCUCCAUCGUCCCAGACGGUGUCACCUGCCAGUACCGACCCGACCACGGUCCUCUUUCCAAGUGGAAGAAACAGAUGUCGGCUUAA